GCUUUUGAGGCAGGCUCGGCGGAGGGAAAGAUGGCUGCUGCUGGGGGUUUCUUUGGGUGGUGGAGGUGGCCCUGGGGACGGCACUUGCCGUCUCGGGAUGGGUGCAAGAUGUUGCUCCUCCUCCUCCUGCUGGGGUCCGGGCAGGGGCCUCGGCAAGUCGGGGCGGGUCAGACGUUCGAGUACUUGAAACGGGAGCAUUCGCUGUCGAAGCCCUACCUGGGUGUGGGCACAAGCAGUUCCUCAUUGUGGAAUCUGAUGGGCAAUGCCAUGGUGAUGACCCAGUACAUCCGACUUACCCCAGAUAUGCAGAGUAAACAGGGUGCUCUGUGGAACCGGGUGCCAUGUUUCCUGAGAGACUGGGAAUUACAAGUGCACUUCAGAAUACAUGGACAAGGGAAGAAGAAUCUGCAUGGGGAUGGCCUGGCGAUCUGGUACACAAAGGAUCGGAUGCAGCCAGGGCCUGUGUUUGGAAACAUGGACAAAUUUGUGGGGCUGGGAGUGUUUGUAGACACCUACGCCAAUGAGGAGAAGCAGCAAGAGGCCCAGAAGAGGCGAUAUUCUCCUGGAGUCCAGCGGGUGUUCCCCUAUGUCUCCGCCAUGGUGAACAAUGGCUCCCUCAGCUAUGAUCAUGAGCGGGAUGGUCGACCCACAGAGUUGGGGGGCUGCACAGCCAUUGUUCGCAAUCUCCACUAUGACACCUUCCUUGUGAUUCGCUACGUCAAGAGGCAUCUGACGAUAAUGAUGGACAUCGAUGGCAAGCAUGAGUGGAGGGACUGCAUUGAGGUACCUGGGGUCCAUCUGCCCCGGGGCUACUACUUCGGAACCUCCUCCCUUACGGGCGACCUCUCGGAUAACCACGAUGUCAUCUCCCUGAAGCUGUUUGAGCUGACGGUUGAGAGGACCCCAGAAGAAGAGAAGAUGCAUCGAGAUGUGUUUUUGCCUUCUGUGGACAAUAUGAAGCUGCCUGAGAUGACAGCCCCACUGCCACCUCUGAGUGGCUUGGCCCUCUUCCUCAUUGUCUUUUUCUCUCUGGUGUUUUCUGUAUUUGCCAUUGUCAUUGCGAUCAUACUCUACAACAAAUGGCAAGAACAGAGUCGAAAACGCUUCUACUGAGCUCUCCUGCGGCGCCACCUGACUGUCAUCUGUGAGGUGUGGGAGGAGCAGGCACCGCCCUCAGGACACAGCAUGCUGGGUCUUCUCUUAGUUUCCAGCAUCUGCCAGGGGACUGUGUUCUGUCACUGGGACUUUGAAUGCAGGGACAGCACCUUUCCAUGGUCAUCCAUGGGCCCUCUAACUGUGCUUCAGGAGCCUCUCCCACCCCAGGGCGACUGCUAUGAUGUGCCUUUCCUGCAGCCUUUCC